GAAUUAAGCACCUGUCAUGGAAAAUGUGGAGAGGCGCUCCUUUGCUCUGCCUGUCUGCUGCAAACUUUCCUUAUCUUCCGGUGUUUGACUCAGUCCUCCAACACACUAAAGUCAACAGUUGCUGAGACGAGAGGCAACGACGAGACGAAAGGUGGAAGCGAUCGCAGGGUUAUGGUCGCACAAGCCGACAAAAGGAAUAUCGCGCCGUUGCCGCAGUGACGGGUGUAGUCGACAGUUAACGACAGGUGUCCUUUUCAAUGCAGCAGCUACUGACAUAGUCAUUUUAUCUGCGCUAAGGGCUGGGUUUUGAAGGCACAAUGCCCCAGGCCGCUGACAUGAUCAACCUGGGCUUCCUGUCUGAUUCUGAGCGGGAGCUGAUCCUUGAGGUGCUGCAGCGGGAUGAAGAGCUGAGGCAGGCUGAGGAGCAGCGUGUACGGAAGUUAAAGACAGAUUUGCUGGAGGUGAAGAGGAAAGGGGCCAAACGCGGCAGCGGCAAAUACAGUCAGCGUAGCUGUGGCCGAUGCCUGGAGCCCCUGAGCACUCUGACGUUUUUCUCCAGCCAGUGUAAAAUGUGCAACCACGACGUGUGCCGCAACUGCAGGACAGUGUUCCCCGACGGCUCCUGGCUGUGCUGUGUGUGUGCCAAAGAAUCGGACGUGAAGAAGAGAACGGGGGACUGGUUCUACGAUCAGAGGGUCAACCGUUUCUCGUCAGAGCCUGCACAUACGCUUGUGAGCGUCUCCCUGAAAAAGAGACAGCCAUUGAAUAAACGCGAGACAACUGGAGAGAUACUGUUGAAAAGUAAUGACAUAAACCCAGAUACUCCUGGGACUCCUCCUGUGCCUCAGCCCAGACUGAAAAAUCGAACGGAUAACAAAGAUCAUGCAGUCAAGAAUUCGGAAUCCAUUCUUUCAAAAGAAUCAGUUGAAUCCAAAGAGGACCUUUGGUUGAAGGUGGCCCGCAGUGACACAGAGUCUGCGGAAAACAGCAGCUUAAGUAGCAGCAGAGCUGAGACUGAGUCGAGCCACGCGACACCUGACGAACCAUGGAGAGGAAACCAGUCGCCUCAGUCCAGCACAACAGGGUCCAGUGCGUCCAGUCUCACCAUGCCAGUCAAAGUACAUAUCAACAGGACCGAGAGUGCUAACUCGGACGCUAGCCAGGCCAACCAAGUAAAAUCUGUCAGUCCAAGCCCAGAACUGGACGUCGAUAGACUCUUCAAGAAAAGUGUCAAAAGAGUCCCAAAGCCUCCCGAUAAUGUGUCAUCACUGGACCGUGAUGGACAAGAGGCUGCAAUGGGCAACAGGAGUAGUUCUGUACCAGGAUUAGACGCACAGGAGGAGGAAGAGGAGGAGGAAGACAUUGACAGCUUGGUUAGCUUUCACAGAAGGACACUGGCUUCAAGCUCCUCCAGCCUGCACAGCUCAAAGAGCGCUCUGGGCAGUUUGAUGAGUAUUUACAGCGAAGCAGGAGACUUUGACAGUGUCGAGGUGAGCGGCGACAUCGUCUUCUCCCUGAGUUACGACAACCACACCCAGAGCCUCGAGGUCUUCAUUAAGGAGUGCCGCGGGCUGGCCUACGCCGACGCCUCGCGGCAGCUGUCCAACCCUUACGUCAAAUGUUACCUGCUCCCGGACAAAUCUCGCCAGAGCAAAAGGAAGACCACCAUCAAAAGGAACACCAUCAACCCCGUCUACAAGGAAACACUGGAGUACUCUAUCAGCCGCACUCAGCUGUUCACCCGCUCUAUGUUGAUAUCAGUGUGGCAUCAUGGCCGCCUGAGCCGCAACGCCUUCCUGGGCGAGGUGGAAAUCCCUCUGGACUGCAGAGACCUCGACUCCUCCUACGAGGAAACUUUGCAUCUAUGCUCAAAGGCUGCCGCUGCUGCCGUGCAGACGUCAGCUUUUGCUCAGUACAGAGGAGAGCUGGUGAUCUCUUUGAAAUACGUCACGCCUAAAAAGCCUGCAGCGGGGAAAACGAGUAAAGGCAAAAAGGGGACGACUGAGGACGGGGGUGAACUGCACGUCUUAAUCAAAGAGGCGAAGAAUUUGAUGGCGAUGAAAUCAGGGGGCAUGUCGGACAGCUUUGUAAAAGGAUACUUGUACCCGACUAAAGCAAAGACCACAAAGAGGAAGACUCCUGUCGUGAGGAAGAACCUGGACCCCCACUAUGACCACACGUUCGUAUACAAGGACCUGGUCGCCGAGCAGCUGAGAGGGAUGUGCCUGGAGCUGACGGUUUGGGACAAGGAAGCCAUGCUGAACAAUGAAUUCCUGGGAGGAGUCCGUCUCAGCUCUGGAAAAGGCACCGUUAAAAUAGGCAAGGAGGAAGUGGAAAUGGACUCGGUUGGAGAGGAGGUCAGUCUGUGGGAGAAGAUGAUGCAGUACCCCGACUCGUGGGCAGAGGGCACUCUUCCACUGCGUUUCACUAUGCGAAGAGAAGAGGGCAAAUGAGGACAGGCUCCGGACCUCAGGGAGAAAAGACACUGAAGAGGGUGAAGAAGGCGAUGCCGCGGCCUCCGAGGCGAAGAUUGUGAGAUUGUGGAUUAAUUUUUAUUUUAAGACUCGUCAAAGCAGAAGUUCAGAGCAGCUGAACACCGAGGCCUUCCGCUCACACCUGACCUCUCUCCAUGGUGUUAACUGCUGAACAUGUGCCAAACAACACACACACUACACUAAAGUCUUUAUUUCAAGAGCUUUGAAACAGUUAUUUUAUGUUUUUUAAGAUUCAGGCUGCAUAUAAAGAAAAGGCCUGUUAUCAUGCACAGCACUUAGCACAGAAACGGUCUCACAAACAAAGUCGCCCUUCAUGGUUUUAUACGGAUUGUUGCGUCAAAUUGUGCUUCAUUCGAUCUAUAUUGUACAUUAAGAUUUAAAACUAUAUUUAUAUAAAAUGAAUAAAGACGUAUUCUUAAA